UUACGCGACUCGGGCGGGCAAUUCGAGAUUUGAGCGGACUGCUGUCGUUUACGUGACCCGUGUUGUGAUACUACUUUUAUUCUCGGGGAAUCGCCAGGAUACUGUAUUUCACCGCAAAAGGGGCCGGCAUGAACGAAGGGACGCUCCGAAACAUAAUGGCGGAAUCUAAAAACCUCAACGGCUCGCAGAGAAGACGGUCGCCGCGGUUGAGUUCUCCUCCUCCGGCUAACGUGAAAGGUGACAACAAAAUGGCGCAGCCCCUGGUUGGUGUCAAACGCUCCAUAACCGUGAGGAAAAUAGCGUCCAGGAAAACAGUCGUACCGUCGGAGCACAACAAGGAAAACACGCCGAGCCGGCCAGUGUCGGAUAGCAGCCAGAAGAAGAGACAGCAGAUCUCCACCCCGGCUCCUGCUCCAAGCUGCGGGCGCUCCUCCUCGGCCAGGCGGAAGAAGAAGGCCGCUGUCCUGUCACCCAUCCUCCCCUCCUCACCGCCGGCCCAGUCUCACGCGCAACAGCCGGCUGCGGAUCCAGAGGACACGGUGUGGUCUCAGAAAGUGCGGCGCUCCUACAGCAGACUCAGCGACCAGUCCGUGGUCAGCAGCCCCGACUCCCGGGAGAACCUGUUCGGCUUCGGGAAGCUGAAAACACCCCAGGUGGGCCCGAGAGCCCCGCGGCCCAAGACGGGUCUGGAUGUUUCCUGCGGGUCCCUGUCUGGCCUGAACUCGUUCACGUCGCUGCUUGAGGCGGACGACCGCGGCUCCGCUUCGGCCGAGAACGAUCCACACAUCCCCGGGGUGCUUCUGGUGAAGGAGAAGAGAAGUAGGAGGAAGAAGGUUCAGCAGAUCGGCACCACGGAGCUGGACGCACUGGCUGCGGAGAUGAACGCAGAGUUUGAAGAGGCGGAGGAGUUUGAGUUGCUGGUGGAGUAAAUGGUGGAUGUUCUUUGUGUCUGUGACACGCUGACAAGCACUGACUCUGGAAGGACUGCACCCUUCUCUCUGUGGGCCUCACACACCAAUCACUCACCUUUCUGUAUUUUCCCUCUUCUGAUGUACAUUUUAAUGCUUUGGUGUGGCGUAUGUUUCCUUUUUCAUUUAAAUGUUCCUAAUCUGCAUUAUGUGGUCAAGUAAAACCCUAAAGCAUGUUCUUAGAUUGGGGGUUAUUAUUGGCAUAUUAAACAGAUUUUGUUUACUGUGAACAAAUAUUUUAUAUUUUUCACUAGUCUAGUUUUCAAGAGUGUUUUGACUAAUUGUAAUUGUUCAGUCUGUAGACACAUGGACCUGGUUUCACAGUGUAAUCGCACGUGGAAGUUGUAGUUUGCAAACCUUCAAACACCCUUUGCAGGAUCGGGGGACAGAUUGAUCAUCUCUGACGUGUAUUGCUUCAUAAUAUUUAUAUCAGUGGACAACAACAGAACGUAAUCUGUAGUUUAGAUACCACUUGUGUUUCAGAAUGGAGGAAUGCUGCUGAUCAAUGUGGUUCUCACGUCUUGGUAUGCUUCAUCUUUCCAUCAUUAAAGACAACAUUUUUUUCA